AUGGCAGCUGCAGGAUCACCGGCACCAACAGCAGCAGCGGUAGCAGCUAAUCGAACAACCAUGUCUGGUGGUGGUGGUGCUGGCCCGAGUACUGGUACUGGUACAGGUGCUGCCAAAACGACCAAUGGCUGCACCACCAUUAAUACCACUUCCACUAGCUCGAAGAAUACUAAUACCAAUACGAAUGCUAAUACUAAUACUAAUACUAAUACGAAUGCUUCUUCUUCUUCCUCUUCCUCUUCGUCCGCUGCUGCUGCUGCUUCUUCCUCAACUGUCCCUUCGGAUUGUUCCUUGUCUGCCAAAAAACCGACGACGACACCGGGUGCGGCUGCCAGCAACACGGCCAGCAACACUUCUGUUUCCCCUCCUCUGACACCAACUUCCACCUCCUCUCAGUCCGCCACCACCACCACAACCACCUCCACCGCAAACAUCACUAACAACCUCGAACCCAUAAAAAACUCUCUUCCACCAUCUCCACUUCCGACUGAUUCUCACCAGCCGCCUGAGAAGCCUCCGUCUAGACUUCUCUCUUCACUAUCUUCAUCCUUCCUACAGCUUGCCACUCUUGCAAAACCAAACUCCUCCGCUUUCACUUCUGCUUCUGCUUCUGCUCAAGCUGCUUCCUCUGCCAAGAAGCCGAAGCUUUCAAGUCGAUCCGACUCCACCCCGACCUUGAAUACCUCCUCAGCUUAUACAUCUAGGACCAAUUCUCCUCUGGCUUCCUCUCCGACUUGUCCUCCCACCGGAUUGACUGAACCUCUAACAACAGCCACCACUUCAGUAUCAGCUGUGGUGGUUACGCCACAAAAAACCCGUCUAAAUCACACAUCCUCCGAUUCUCAAGCCAACUCAGCAACCGACCUCCUCAAGAUGGCCAUGGCUCAAAACGGCUUACUAAGAUUGGAGAACGAAGAUGAAGUCUCCGGCCAACGAACCCCUCGCCCAGACUUUCAGGAUAGACGUAUCCCCGCCAUCCUUCACGGUUUCCAACAGGUUUGUUUGAACCACAUUCCAAAUAUUUCAGCUACGCUUCGUAGAACCUUUAGUAGUGUUUUCCCACUUUCCCAGCUUCAAAGUGAGCUUUCAACAAAGCCGUUUGUCCCUGAGGAAGCCGUAGUUUCGGACGAUCGAGCGGUCCAACCCCUCACCUCGAACCGUCCGAUAGCUAUCCCUCUUUCUCGUUCGAUAUCUUGCCCGCAGAAAGGGGAAGUCGUCAUUUUGUCAGUCUCUGGGGUGCCUUUCGCCCCAGACGCCGAAACUCAACCGCCUCUUGGUAUCCCACUUGCUCAAAGAAAUGGACCUACUAAACUAACGAAGCCUAUUGCUGGUAUCAAGGAUACACCCCCGGCCACACCUCGAGGAACGACAUCUGAAGGGAAGGCACUGAUCAGCAUCGACACCAAAAUCACAAAGAAGGGUUCAGACUCUUCUGGCUCAGCUACAUCGCCAGUCACAAGACCUCCCAGAGGAAAAAUCACCGUUAGAGUCAUAGCUGGACGUAAUUUACGAACAACCCCUAGUAGCCCCAACGGACCGAAAGACCCUUACAUAGUGUGUACAUUUGAGAGCAACGAGUCCAUUUCAAAAGGUCCUAGUAAGAAAGACGAUGGAUUGGGAAAGCCUAUCGGAAUUCCUGGACUUCGAGGAAUCUCUAUCCCCAUGAAAAGUCGAACAAGCUCUAGCACGGACUUGCAGACACUUGGAAAAGAGAAAGGUGGAUUUGCGACAGCAAGUUGGGAUCAUGAAGCUAUCUUCGAUGUUGUUCAGGAUCACUCGGAAAUGGUGGUUACUAUCUACGAUCGCGAAAACCAAGAGACUUUCGUUGGGAUGGUUCGUAUAAGGCCUAUCCUCAAAGAAGAAGGCACCGUUAUCGAUGAGUGGUUCCCACUUCAACCGAGAUCCGAGGAGGAGCGAGCUGUUGUAACUGGAGAGAUCCAACUACAAGUGAUUUACGAGAAAACGGCGAAGAAACACUUCGGUCCGAGUGACUUCCAGAUUCUCAGGUUGAUCGGAAGAGGCACGUUUGGACAAGUUUAUCAAGUUAGGAAAAAGGAUACAAAUCGUAUCUAUGCGAUGAAAGUACUGUCUAAGAAGGUUAUUGUCCAGAAGAAGGAGGUUGCGCAUACCAUAGGAGAGCGUAAUAUCCUGGUUCGGACAGCGACUACUGACUCCCCAUUCAUCGUCGGCCUUAAAUUCUCCUUUCAAACACCCACAGACCUCUUCCUUGUCACCGAUUAUAUGUCCGGAGGCGAGUUGUUCUGGCACCUGCAGCAAGAAGGACGCUUUAGCGAAGAGCGUGCUAAGUUCUAUAUUGCGGAACUUAUUCUUGCACUCGAGCACCUCCAUAACCAUGAUAUCGUCUACCGCGACCUAAAACCCGAAAAUAUUCUGCUCGAUGCAAACGGGCAUAUUGCACUAUGUGACUUCGGCCUCUCGAAAUCGAACCUUAGCAAGAACGAGACAACCAAUACCUUCUGCGGAACAACAGAGUACCUUGCUCCAGAGGUGCUGUUGGAUGAGCAAGGAUACACCAAAAUGGUGGACUUCUGGUCCCUUGGUGUCCUCGUUUUCGAGAUGUGCUGCGGCUGGAGCCCCUUUUUUGCAGAAGAUACCCAACAAAUGUACAAGAACAUCGCCUUUGGUAAAGUCAGGUUCCCUAAGGAUGCUCUGAGCCUCGAGGGUAGAAAUUUCGUUAAAGGGCUCUUGAAUCGCAAUCCGAAGCACCGACUUGGCGCUCUACGUGAUGCAGCUGAGCUGAAGGAACAUCCGUUCUUCGCUGAUGUUGACUGGGAGGCGCUUAAACAAAAGAAAUCUAUUCCGCCGUUUAAGCCAACUCUUAAAUCCGAAACGGAUACUCAGAAUUUCGACACUGAGUUCACGAAUGCGCCCAUUCCAGGAUCGGUUAGAAACGAUAUCGUGGCAAGCACGCCGCUUAGCCCGGGAAUGCAGAAUGCCUUCCGUGGAUUCACGUUUGUUGAUGAACGAACUCUUGAGGAGCAAUUUGGGAAAUCUGUUCAGUCACACCAUAGCUAUGAGGAUCAUAAAAUGGAUGAUGAUAGUGACGACGACGACGAUUUUGACGAAGGAUUUGGCCACCGUGGAAAAGGUGGCACUAACGGGAAGCCGAAGAAUGGUGAUGAUGAUGGCAUGUUCGCUACCGAUAAUAUCGAUAUCUAA